UUUCAUUGUAUGGAGAAAUAGUGUUGACCAUAUAAUUUGUUCUUGAGUCAUUAAUCUACCGCGUUGACAGGUGAUGUAAUGAUUAUGAAUAACAUAAUUUGCCAGGUCUAAAACAAAAGUCUCCGACUAGCUGGCACAGACCAGUUUAAUCGCAUCAUGUGAGCCACGCGAGUCUCACAAAACCGGAAAGGAGCCUCUAUUAGAUUAAGGAUCAUUAAGGAAGCCGUCCGCGAUAUGGGGAUUGUAAGUGUCAUGUACUGCAGUAAUAACCCGUUUUCUGUAAGGAUUUAGGGUUUGGAACGAAUCAUAUCGCCGUGGUGUUUACCGUUUCGACACCACCGGGUCCUCGCCAAUUAGGUCUUCGGUAGCUCCAGUGCUCGAGCCCGCCCAGUCUCCGCUACCAUUACAGUCAACAUCAACUGGUCAUAAGCGCAAAGAGAAUAUCCUGCAAGGACGUUCGCAGACCUGUGUGACGAUGGCUGACACCAUGAUGGCGGAAGUGGACCAUGACGCCAUAGUUCUGUUUCCGAACCAGACACAAAGUGGCAAGGAAAGACACAAGAGCGCGUCUGAAACAAUCGUGGUCAACUACGACAAAGCUCUGGAGUACCUUGGCGGGUUUGGGCCGUGGCAGAAGAGGGUGUUCUUCCCCGUCGCUAUCCCUAUCGCCAUUAGUGCAUUACAGGUCAUGGGUAUAGUCUUCCUGGCGUUCGAGCCCGACUUUAAGUGCCGGGUCCCUCUGGAAACCUUCUCGGCGUUGAACGCGACUCCGGCCGAGCUGCUGAACGUCACCAUCCCAUGGGAGCUGGAAGACGAGGAAUGGAAGCGGAGUCAGUGCAGUCGCUACAGCUACAAUCUAUCCGACACGGUCUUCAACACCACAUAUGAAGAGUUCGUCCAGGCAUAUCCAGCGGCCAACCGGACCCAGAUCCCGUGUGACCAGGGGUACGAGCACGACAGGUCCCAAUACAAGAGCACGGUCGUUACCGACUGGGAUUUGGUCUGUGGUGACAGUUGGAAGGUGAACCUAGCGGAGUCUCUGUGGAUGGCAGGUCUCAUGGUCGGGGCGGUGGUUGGGGGGCAUGCAGCCGACAGAUGGGGCCGUAAGCCGGUGUUGCUGGUAGCCCUUGCCGCAGACUGUGUGUUCUCCACGGCGAGUGCCUUCUCCCCAAACUACGCCGCCUUCGCCGCCUACCGGUUCCUUAUGGGCGCGUUCACCAUGGUUACCACACUGGUACCGUUUGUGUUAGGCACAGAGCUGGUGUCCGCCGAUAAGCGAGGGUUGGUUGGGAUGGUGAUUUGGAUCUACUGGGCCGUUGCUUACGUGCUUCUAGCCGGCAUCGCUUAUCUCAUCCGCCCGUGGAUGUGGCUACAGAUCACCAUGACCGUUCCGUACCUCGUCUGCAUUUCCUUUUGGUGGAUUAUUCCCGAGUCCCCCCGCUGGCUGAUCUCCAGGAAUCGGCACGAGGAGGCGGCAGAAAUCGUGCGGAGAGCCGCGGAGGUCGCCAAGGUCACCAUACCUGAUGAGGUCUUCCAUGACGCCAUCCCUCUGUCUCAGGAACAAGAGCAGGCCAAGAAGAGUGAGACCUACACAUUCAUCGACCUGAUCAGGACCCCGAACCUGCGGAAGUGGUCUCUAAACCUCUUCUACAACUGGUGUGUGAACUCCCUGGUGUAUUAUGGAAUAUCCCUCAACACGUCUGCCCUGAGCGGGAACGUGUACCUGAACUUCGCCUUGUCCGGUUUUGUGGAGAUCCCGGCCUACCUAAUCUCCAUCUACCUCCUGGAUAAGUUCGGAAGACGCUUGCCUUUGUGCAUUCUUCUCGUCUUCGGCGGUAUCUCCUGUAUAGUGGCCUUCUUCAUUCCAAAGUCCCUCGGAUGGCUGACCACCACCCUGGCCAUGACCGGGAAGUUCUGCAUCACCGCCACCUUCGGCAUCGUCUACAUCUUCUCAGCUGAGAUCUUUCCUACCGUAGUCAGGCAAAUCGGUAUCGGCAUGGCUUCGAUGAGUUCCCGGGUGGGCGGGAUCGUCGCCCCGUUCGUCAACCUAACCGAGAGCUACUGGGCGCCGCUGCCUUACGUCAUCUUCGGGGGGACGUCCAUCCUCGCCGGGCUGCUGACGCUGCUCCUGCCGGAAACCAACAAGAAACAGCUGCCGUCUACCAUCGAGGAGGGCGAGAACUUCGGGAAGGAAGGCAUCGUGCAGGAGGAAGCUAAGGAGUAGACAUGGGUUAUUGGGACACAUGAGUGUGGUGAACCCGCUAUAUUUGGUUGUAAAGUAAGCAUUUUAAUGUACUGUAGGUAAUAUGACGAAGGUGAAGACCCCUAACGUAUAAACUGGCCUUUCCAAGACCAUUGUCGAGAUUUGCAUUGAUUUGUUUUGUUUACGUCUCAUGGGCCCUCAACUUUGACCUGAUACCCACAGUACAUUUCACUGCUCAUGCGUACAUAAUCAUGAACCUCCUGAUAUCAAUUGUAUUAUGUGAGUUAAGUAUUUUCGUUUUUAAGUUUUCCUAAACUCUACGAGCAAGGAAUGUCAAAUUUUCACAUGUGACAAGUUUUCGUUUUAAGACAUUGAUGUUUCUUCUUAUGUCUACUUGUACGCGAGUCCGUCAUUGUAUGAUCCCUCUAUCUUGGUCUGAUCCGGCUGAGCAUGCAACCAAUGAAUUGCAAGCUAGAGGAGGAUUUUACAUGCCGAAGGAAAGCGUUAAGCUGCCCAUCUAUAUAACAGGCAGAGGAUAGGAACAUAGAAACAUAGAUAUGCAGGCUAGAUAAGGCAUUGCAUGAGAUACGAGAUCUGCCAUAUACAUUUGUAUACAGAUCUAGAGGAAGACGGUGAAUGGAUAGCCUGGUAUCCAGACGUUUUAUAGCUCCCGAGUCUCCUCUAUCCUUCCGCAAAUAUAUGUAUUUGCAAAUAUUUUUGGAGAGGACAGAAGAGACUUGAGGAACAUCAAGUCACCCAUUUAAGAGAUCGAAGUUUCAAUUGGUUGUUUACUGUCACUGAAGAGUGAAAACACGGUCAACAUUUCGGCACAGGCUUUAAGGCACAUGUACAUAACGUUACAUAUUUUAUUUUGAAUCGGGCGGUGUCUAGGCACAAGCACUGUCCACUCGUUCACCACAGGAAAAAUAUAUAUAAAGAAGUGAACCAAAGUAGAAAAGUAUAUCAAUCAAAUUCAGCAAAAAGUACAAUGUCAGAUGAUUGUCGAAUGCCUGAUAGCAAUGACAGAAUUUCCGAUGUCUUAAGAAUUAUUUGUACAAUCUAUCAUUAUGCAAUUGCAUAUUGUCUCCUUGGAAUAGUCAAAUUGCUAUAAUUCUGACAUUUGCACAAUUAAAAAAAAUGUGCAGGAAAAGUU